CAUGAAGCUCUUGUUUUUAAUCGCAACUGUUGUGGUCACGUCAUCGGCCGCUCCUCGGAUCUAUAACUAUGGUAGGCCGAAUUACAUCUCGGGAGGAUGUGGGCCUGGGCAAGUGUUGCAUGUUGAUAGCAGAUGUGUUACCCCGCGUGUCAACCGCAAAGUCUACUUGUACAAUGCUCCACCCGCGCCACCAGCUCCCUACGGUCCACCACCUUACAUCCCUGAGCCAACUAUUGACACGAAUAUCGUAUUCAUCCAAACACCUGAACAAGGUCCAGGACCAGAGCCUAUCGUCAUACCUCCACCACAGACGCGAAGCGUCGUCUAUGUCCUCAACAGACAGACUCCAGAGCAAGCGGAAGUGAUCCAAGUCCCAGCGCCACCAGCAACCAGUCCUGAAGUUUUCUUCGUGAACUAUGCUGACGGCGAGAACCCAGUUCUUCCCAGCGGUGUUGACCUUCAGACUGCCUUGAAUACGGCUUCUCAGGGUGGAAGUCAGGUGGUUGGAGGAAGUGCCGGCGGUUUUGGAAGCGGCGCUGGAGGGUUUGGAGGCGGCGGCGGGGGCUUCGGAGGCGGUGCUGGAGGUGUCGGAGGUGGUGCCGGAAGUUUCGGAGGCGGCGCUGGCGGUUUUGUAGGUGGCACCGGUGGCUUCGGAGGUAGCACUGGAGGUUUCGGUGAUUCCGGAAAUAUUGGUGGAUUCGGAGGCAAUUUAGGUGGAUUCAGCGGAGGUUCAGUAUCAUCGCCUUCCAGCCUUUAUACAACACCAUAAUAAAUAGAUAUAUUUUUACCAUGUCUGUAACCCAUCUUCGUUUCUCUUUAAUUGUAGUGUGCAUAGAAGACACUCCAUUUCCGUACAAUUACAUAAUGUUUAUAUUUUUCCCAGAAUGUUUAUAUUCUUUUAAUAAAAAAA